AUGGCCCACAAGAAAAGCAAACCCACUAUACUGAAAUUCGAUUCCGAGGAAGAUGUCGCCGUGGCUCUUGCAAAAUACACCGCCGAUUUGUCGGAAAAGUACAUCAGAGAUAAGGGUUCUUUCUCUGUUGUUCUUUCUGGAGGUACCCUAAUCGAUACACUGAGGAAAAUGGUGGAGCCUCCUUACAAAGACUCAGUUGAUUGGUCGAAAUGGCUCAUCUUUUGGGUGGAUGAGAGGGUUGUUCCUUUGGAUAGUGAUGACAGUAAUUAUAAACUUGCUUGUGAUGGUUUUCUUUUAAAGGUACCAAUUCCUUCUGGUAACAUUUAUGCCAUCAAUGACAAGCUGUCGCCAGAUGGCGCGGCGAAUGAUUAUGAAGCACGUCUCAAGCAUUUGGUCGAGAGCAAAAUUAUACCUAUAUCUGAUGCUUCUGGAUUCCCCAAAUUUGAUCUCAUGCUUCUUGGAAUGGGGCCAGAUGGACACGUGGCUUCUUUAUUUCCUACACAUCAGCAACGUUAUGAGAAGAAGCGGUGGGUUACAUUCAUUACCGACUCUCCCAAACCUCCUCCACCGAGGAUCACUUUCACGUUUCCUGUGAUCAACUCAUCUUCAGAGAUCGCAAUGGUGGUCACCGGGGCUGAUCUGGCCAAUACUGUAAAAAUUGCAUUGGGUGGUGGACUUGAACCUGGUUCAACUCCCUUGCCUUGCAUGGAAGUUUCACCUGAAGGAGGACUCACAUGGUUCUUGGACAAGGAUGCUGCUUCUAAACUCUAA